GAAGAAAGGGAGAACCGCCGACACUUGGGGUGUCGGUUCAUUAUGGGAGGCAAUACCGAAGGGGACUCGGCGUCCUCACGGAAGAAGUGGAAGAACAUGGUGCAUCUAGCCAAGGUGCAGAGGCCACCGCUACCCAAGCGGAAGAAGAAGGAACCCCUGAUCUUCACAGAUGAGGAUUAUCCACCAGUUCUUAGCCCCCAUUGGGAUGCAUUGGUAAUAAAUGUGGAGAUCAAUAAUGUGGUCGUCAACCGCACGUUGGUCGAUACUGGCAGUUCGGUCAACAUCCUGUACAGCAACACCUUUAAGGAGCUGGGGUUGUCCCGGGGCGACUUGAAGCCAAUCCGUACCCCGCUGUCAGGAUUCACGGGGGACACUAUUGAAGCAGAGGGGACCUUCACGGUGAAGGCUGGGGUAGGAGAUGGCACCCACCGAUUCUGGCUCGACAUGGAAUUCAUGGUAGUGCAGCUUGACUGUGCACACCAAUUGAUCCUAGGGCGACCGGGUCUGGAGGACUUGGAGUGCGUGAUCUCCCCCGUCCACCUGUGCAUGAAAUUCAACACCCCCACCGGGGUAGGAGUAGCUAAGGGGAAUCAGAGUUUGUCCCGAUCAUGCUACGUCAAAGUGACCAAGAGCUAAGCGAGGAUUGAUGAGAACGAAAUGUCUCUUUGAGUGGGAUCAUUUUAGGUGGCAACAUAUCUUGAAGAAUGCAUGACAGACAUAAAUUUUAUCGGCAAAAGUGGAGAAUGAUGUUGUGGGAACUUAUAUUACCAAUUGUUAUGUCACUUGGAAGUAUAUAAGGAAAUACAUAAAGCAAGAUACAGAGGAAGCAUCUGAGCGAAAGAAUGCCCUCAGUAAAUUGGAUCAAGUUUCAUGUUAAUAUCUAUAUCAUGAAGGAAGUAAAGUUGUUGGAGGUAGUAGUUUAGUUGCCUCUUUUGGGGUGUUAUGUUAAUAGGAGUUUGGUAGAAAUUUUGGUCGUUAGAGAUAGACAUUUUGAUGUAUUUUGUUGAUGUCUCAAUAUUUUUACUUUUGUUUAAAAAAUGAAUAAUAAGCUUGGUUUAAU